AUGACGGGUGAGAAAGAGGUGAUCCAACCGCAUGUUCCUCAGCUGUUGGGUACAACUCGCGAUUAUGAGAGAUUGCAGCACCCCAAGGAUCUCGGACAUUUUCGCGAGCCAUACGAAGGAAGGAGGCUCCCACUGCGUCCCACCGACCUACGAGCGAUUAUAAACGCCGACACAUUUCCCAAUUCCGAGCAGCCGAAAUAUCCGGCCACGACCGCUGCCUCACAAUUGCCUCAGCACUACCACAGCACGUACCACAGCACGUACCACAGCACGUACCACAGCACGUCCUCACAUCUUGCCACUCAGCGCCGAUCGGACGAUAGCCCUUCAUAUGCCAUAACUUCUUCAAGGCUCCAAGAUCAAGGAAAACCGUCGAGCUCGGGAUCACCGCAAAUAAUGAAACAGGACCCGAUACCGUCUCGUGAGCAACCGACCCAAUUCCUGGUACCGGUACCCUCCUAUGCAAAGGGUUCAACGCAGGCAUCCAAUACACUCGCUGCGGCCGAUCAUUACUUUCAGGCUUGCAAUCCUCCACGCAUUGCCUCACAGCAUGAAAGUUCGCCACAAUCAUCCUACCAUUUGUUUCGCCAGACACAGAUGUCCUCAACCUCAACACAAUGCAAUCAACAGCAGUACCCCGCUGUUAUUCCUCCACUGCCACAGGGUGGAUUGAGAAAUUCUCUUGCGCGAUUAGAAGAUGUCCGGCCACACCCGAUACGAAAUCUUCCAAUGCUGCAGACAGCAACAGACUCGGCGCAAAGAUGGCUUGGUACAAUCGAUAUCGAUAUGAAAUCCGGGUCGCGGAGAGCGGCGGAGAAACGACGACUAAAUAGCUACGCCUCUAAAAUGUUCCGCCAGCGCAAGAAGGCUAAGGUGGAGGAAAUGCAGGAGACGAUUGAGAGAUUGACCAAAGAGUGUGACUAUUUACGAUGUUUGUGUAAUAGGCUAGGGAAGAGCAGGGAAGCAGAGAUUGAUUCCUGA